UGAUUUCCAAUCAAACAUCUUGCGCACGUAGCGACGAGGAGAACGUUGACUCACAUCAUGCGAAUCCUACCAAAGCGUAGUAACAUGUAGGUCUGAACGAUAUGAUAUACAAAUAACCUGUGAGCUACGACUCGUCACACUGAAAGCACAGCUCCGAAAUCAACAUGUCUUCUCACACGUACAGCAUUCAUGUGGUCAAGAAGAACGACAUAGCCUCUCACGCUACGGUUUCACUCACGACCACCAUUCCACAACUCCCGCCCGGUCACAUCCGUGCUCGAAGCCUCGUAGUCGGCCUCACGUCCAACAACCUGUCUUACGCCAAAGGCGGCACUCUCCUGAAAUGGUGGACGGGAUUUCUGCUUCCCGCUGGUCUUCCUUCGCCCUAUAGCAACAGCGACAAGUAUGGCAUUGUGCCAGUCUGGGGCUACGGCGUGGUCACGGAGAGUAAGGUGGAAGGUUUGCAAGAAGGGGAGUUGAUUUGGGGCUUUUGGGCGAGCCACGAUAUGCCAACCGAUCUCAAGCUGAAGAAAGUGGAGGAUGGCGCAAAGGGGCAUUAUAUUGAGGCAAGCGGCUACAGAACUGGCAUGAUGAACUUAUACCAGAGAUGCAGCACUUCACCGAGCUAUCCGAGACUUCAAGAAUUGGAAUCGGAUCAAGAUCUGAAGAACAAGCUGGGCUGGGCUUCUAGUGCUGGGACUAUGCAUGAAUCUGGCUGGGCCAUAAACCGCUUCAUUUUCAACACAGAGACUCCCAUUCAUCCACUGGGAAGUAGUGGAGGAUCAUGGUCACAAGCAGAUGCAGACUUGAGCUCCACCGUGGUCAUCAGCAUGAGCGCAUCAGGAAAGACCGCAAGAGCAUGCACGGAUUGCUUGAUGCACGAGCGCAGAGCUCGCACCGGUCCAUUGGCUUUCAUGGCUGUUACGUCUUCAGUUGAUGAAAGUCUUGUUGAUCAGGAUACAGCGGUACCGACGAAGGUUGUGCAGUAUUCUUCGCUUACUUCGCCAGCAACGACAUCUUGGCUGAAUGCUCACGCCCCCUCUCGAAUCAUCAUCCUCGACUUCACAUCACGCGGCAAUUCAUUGAACGAGCUCUUGUCUUUGCUCAAAACGAACUUACCGGGUGUCAAGACCACAGUCCUUGGCAUUGGAGGCGAACCUAAAGCCCAUUCUCCUUCUGAGCUGGCUGAGUUGGCGAAAACGCGAGCUGCGAUGUCAGAGCGCGUUCAGAUGAACAUGUCCGGUAUUCGUGACACUGCUCUGGACCUCAUUGGCGCAGAGACGUAUUUCCAGGACAGGUAUGCCGCAUGGGACGCUUUCGUAGGAAGAGGAGGAUUGAAUGGUAUGCGACUUGAGUGGCUACAAGGUAUAUCAGGCCAAGAAGGACUAGAAGGCGCGUGGAGCAGGCUAUCCGAGGGAAAGAUGAUCGGCCUCGUGCUCAUAUCCUUGGGCAUGCUCAAGAUUAAGAAACCCAUGAAGUAUUGA